CCCACACAACCCCUGAAUACCACUAAAUUGGUAUCAAAAGUGAUAGCUGGAGUAGAAGCAGGUAUACGACGGAAGAGUUUAGGAGAAAAGGAAGAAAUUGUUAGUGGGAUAAAAAGAGUGUUAUCACACUACCUCCAAUCUGACAAAACUAAAUAUGAUAAUCUCUCUAGGAAUCAACGAAAAGCGCUGAAAAAGUUAAAAACAGAUAAAAAUAUCAUCGUUAUACCAGCAGACAAAGGAGAAAAAGUAGUUGUGAUGGACGUAGUUGAUUGUAUUGAUAAAAUUCAGGAAAAGCUAGACACAGACUCAUACACACAGCUAAAUGAAGACCCGUCGAAAUAUAUCCAUAAAAAACUACAAAUACUACUAUCGGAGUUAGUAGGGAAAGGAGAAAUCGACGAAGACAUGAUGGAAACGUUACUAGUAGAUAAGAAUAUACCAAUUGUCCGUGGACAAUUGAAAGUGCAUAAAGUAGAGAAGAGCAUGAAGUUAAUUGUAGCAAUGAGGAACAGUAUGGGUUCAACACUAGCAAAAUACAUCACAAAUAUCUUAAAAGAUAUAGCAGACAAUAGAAGAUCCAUCAAAAAUACUAAAGAUUUAAUUGAAAAACUAUAUAAAUUAAAAAUCAAAAAAGUACACAGUUUAGCUAGUUUAGAUGUGAUUGACUUAUUCACAACGGUAGACCGAAACAAAGUUCUCCACACGUUAAGUCGCUUGUUAGAAGGCGAUGAAUCAUGGAAAUCUAAAACUAGUUUGAGUUUUUGGAAUGUUGAGUUUUGGAGAAUUUUGGCCGAUGUUGCACUUAGUGAAUUUCUACUAGAAAAAUGGAAUUACAAAAAAUUUCCAUAUGUUGGAUUAGCACGAUACGUGGAUGAUAUUUUAUUAAUAUCAAACAUGAACAGAGAUACAAUAAAAGAGUUGACGGAGUAUUUGAAUAGUUUUAAAGAGUUGCAAUUUACGUUUGAGUUUGAGAAAAAUAAUAUUAUUACAUUUCUAGAUGUGUGCAUUCACAUUAACAGAGAGAAAGAAGUGAUCGAAACAAAUUGGUUUAGGAAAGAAACGGCGAGUGCACUGUUAAAUAAAGCAAGAAAAAUUGCACAGAAUAUAGUACAAGAUGAGAAUGUUUUAGACAAACGAGGAGAGGAUGUAGUAUAUGGUAUACCCUGUAUGUGCGCUGACAUGUAUGUGGGUGAGACAUGCAGUUUUAAACGAAGGAUAAAAGAACAUUUUAAAAAAGUGCAACAAAGAGAUGCGAAGGGCUCAGAAUUGGCACAGCAUCACGAAAAUGUGAAUAUGCAACGACGUCGUCUACAAUAUACUCCCGGAUUUUAUCGACAAUUAAAUAAUACUGGUUUAAAAGCGCCCACGUUAACACCUUUACAUAACGUGCCAGUUCCACAAAUUUUGCCCCAACUGCCUCGUCUAUCAUCAAUUCAACCCUUAAUCCAGCGUUUUAUCUCUCGUGACGCUACGGCUAACGCGACUGGCAGAAGAACAAACCUUUCUUUAUCACGAAACAUCAGUACAAACAAUUAA